AUGGCGAUGAAUAGAGGCACCUGUCUCUAUCGGGAAGCCCGCUUGAACAUCGAGCCGGCCUUCCCUAACUCAACUAUUGCAUUCACGCUCCCGUCCAGCGCCCUCAGCACCUUUGGCUCCCGGUCAACAUUCAAGCGCACCGUCGUCACCGAGCAAUACACAGAUCAGGACGAAGAUGCCUUUUCCCGACGCCACCUCGCCACGGACGGGUCUAUGGUGUUUCGCCAGCACCACCAGUACCCACGAAGCUUCCUUUGGCGCGUGUUGGACAAUCGGAGAAUGCUCGAGGUCCAGGCGGUAGACUUGGAUCACGAAUCUAGCAACAGGUUCGAGGCAAACCUGACGUUACUGCUCCAAUUUCCCUCACCACUUCGUCCGUUCUGCCUGGCCUUCGCUGAGCCCACCGACCGCGAUGCACUCACCAUCUUCGCCAUUACCACGACCAAUGAGCUAUACACCAUCGCCCUCCACCGUGACUUCUUCGUGAAUCCUGCUGCGUCGGAGCAGGACGUGGAGCACUGGUGCAAGAGAUCAGAGCCAGUAUUGUUUCACGGGCGCAUACCAUUCAGGCUUGCCGCUGUGCAUGUCGAUGAGUUGCUGAUAACACUCGACGACGGCGCGAUCUGCCGCCUGGCCUGGGACAAGACAAAUGUUACAUGGGACGGCUCGCGCUACCAACAAAGCAACUGGUCUGUGCGGGGGCUUUUGUCAUGGAAAGCACAACCAACAGUCCGUUUUGAGAACACGGAUCUAGCCGUAUCUGCCGCUGUCGCUGCCGCCCUUUCACCAGACAAACGGCACAUUAUCUCGAUAUGUCUGGAUCACACAUUGAGAGCCUGGAACGUCGCGUCGGGACAGCCUGGUGCCCAGAUGGACAUCUUGGGUGUUGAAGAUCGCGCUUUUGAGACAAAUACACAGAGUUGCUCCAUUAGUCCUAACCAGGCACAGCUGAUGGCUAUCCACGAAGUACCUGGUGAUGUCCUCAAUGGUGCGGCCUAUCAUGUUGUAACAUAUUCACCAAAACAGCACCAGUUCAAAUUCUGGGGGGUGAGGGAUGCGGACGAUCUUCAAGCAGGCUUUUACGAUGCUGCUGCGGGUGCUGAGCUCAUUCCUCCAAUUGAUGAGCUUAUGGACACGACCGUGUGGACUCUAGAAGAAUUUCAUGUCGUCCCAGGGCCCACUGGUUGGACAGGAUCGGAGAUUUGGCUACGUGCACGAUCAGGACCCAGCAGCAGGGUGUACUCGUUGAAGUUCAAUCUCUCAGAUGAUCCUACAACACUUUCGCAGACCUGGAGAGACGAUUGGGUUUCUGUCGACACGGGGCCUCUGACGGUAGAAGCUCUGAACGUCAACUCCUUUUACCCACAAUUACAAGAUAUCGGUGAAGAUUACAGUGACGUUGAUUUGACGGAACGGUGGCUCAGUUUCAUCUUCUAUCCUGGAAGGUUCACAGUUGCUACUCUAGAAACCGCAUUACUAGUCUUUAAACAGGGACUAGAGCCGUCGCAGUCAAGUCGAAUGUCGAAUAGGAAAUCUCUCAAGGACCGCGUUUGUAGCGCUGUAACAGGCCUCGCUACAAGAACUCAGGGGGAAACCCUAGAUUCACGGCAAUUUGGCAAAGCGAUAGCGUCGCAAUGGCAAUCUUACUAUGGCUUGGUGAAGGACCUGCAUAAACGCAGAGGGCAGUCAUUAUCACUUGCUUAUGAUCGUAAGAUGUCCAUGCCUUGGCUCAUAUUGAGCGAUCAUAUUUCCUCAAUACGGUCUUGCAGCGAUCUCGAACUCACUAAGCUGAACACCGGGAGGCUCGCAACUCCCAACGAAUUGAGUAAGCCUCUUCGCAGCGCGGUUCAACGGGCUGAAUCUCCUGAUGUUGCUCGACUCCUCAAUGCAGCAUCUUCCUUCCGCCGGCGAUUACCACUUUCGGUGCAGCAAGACUUAGAGCGAUACGUGGAGUUGGACCUACUGCAAAGUCGGUCUCUGACUAUCAUCGAUCGUAUGGAAUGGAUCGAAAGUCACACUGAACUUGUACAGCAAGUGUCUGAUGAAGACCUGUCUUUGCUAGUUGAAGAGCUAGGAACAGAAGUAAAAUAUAUCAGCACUGACACCUUUCUGAUCGCCAUACAAACUCUGAACCACGAAGAACAAGGUCGACCAAGCUCGAGGAAGCAACUAGCACGCUAUGGACUAAGUGCUCUUCUCCGGGUCUCCCAGGACACACUCGAGACAGAGCAGAGUACCUUGUUGGACCUGCUCGCUCUCGUGCUCUUCAUGUUUGCUGAAUUAGAAGGCGAAACGCCUGAAGAUUUCGAUGCUUCUGAGGUGUUCACGGAGCUCACUAAGCAGUACAAGGAUUGCAUUACGGUCUCAUGGCUUGCUGGAACGGUAUGGGCCCACCAAAGUCAUACGGGACUGGCUUCAGAGGUGAUAAACAGGAGUCUGAGUGAGACUUUCAAGGUGGGCAAGAGGCUGCCGUUCACUCAAACAGUGCUUGAAGGAAUAUAUGGUCAAACUGCCUCUAACCUGCCUCUACCGCACGACCUAAAGGCGAGUUUACUUACACAUUGGAGCCGCGCGUGGAUAGCAUCUGUUUUCACUGGAGAGGGGCAGUCAUAUGACAGUGUCGUUGAGGACACAAUGGGUGUCUUGCUUGCUCAGUCAGAAUAUGACUUGGCCUCAGACUUCUCAAAGUUCCUUACUGAGAGCAGUUGGGCUACGUAUUUGAAGGGCCGUUUACACGUAGCUUUAGGUGAGGAUACGCUGGCCUCACUUUGCUUCCAGAAGCCCGCGUACAAUCUUGCUUUAGGGGCAAUGUUCAGUGUUGAGGACAUCGACACAGCUAAUCUCGUACCGGAGACAGAGCGCAUCCUUUUUUCAGACGGGCUAGCACGCUAUUAUAGCCACGUUGUGGGCUUGUUCGAAAAAGUCAAACGCUACACCUACGUUGCAGAUUUUGCCCGACUAGGCCUUCGAUCGUUAACUGGGCACGACGAUGAAGAGUCGAGAACAGAGCUUCUGCAGAGACUGUUCACGGCUACUGUACAGACAUGUCGUUACCAGGAGGCAUACUCGGCCAUGACUAGCCUCAGUGAUGCAGCCUUAAAACGAUCCAAUCUUCAAUCGCUUAUCACGUCCAUGAUAUCACAAUCACAAGCUACAGAGCUCCUUAAGUUCCCGUUUGUUGGGCUCACAAACGACGUUGACGCAAUCCUGAGCUCCCUAUGCCACCAGACGCUCAAUCUCGCCUCCGGACCGCCUUACCAUCAGACUCUAUACUCCUUCCGCAUCUCUCGCCAAAAUUUCCGUGGUGCUGCUUCAAUCCUAUAUGAACGAUUACAGCGGCUGAAAACUACCUCCUCUAAAAUACACGAUCCAGCCGACGAGUCACUUGCACAGUGCUACCUCAUGAUCAUCAACACACUAGCCUCGGUCAACAAAGAGGACGCAUAUAUCUUGGCCGAUCAGAAGAUUGAUGGCAUUGCAGCGCCGCAAUGGGGCAUUGGGCAGGGCAAGAAACUACUCAAGAGGCAGGUCAUUACUCUGGAUUCACUCAGGAAAGAUUACCAGGCUGAGAUAGAUCGUGUCGCAGCAAUUGAAAGUGGUCAGUUUGCUUUUGUGGACCCGACGGAUGAUAUGGAUAUCUUGUAA